CAAAAUAAAAAAGGAAAAAUAUGUGAAGAGUGUAGACAGACCAUAAACCUUGUCCGUUGAAUUACCUCCUAUGGGUAGUUUAAGAAAGUUGCAGUUUUGAUUAUAUCACAGCAGAGUUUCUGCAUUUUCUUGUGAUAUACCCACAUAUCCCUUAACAGACUUUUCUUCAUUUCCGAGUCGAGGGUAAAUCAUGAAGCUCCUUAUGCCACGAACUUUCAUGGCCAUAGCUCUUAGAUCAUUCCGCAGGGCUUCUUUCUGCAGUUCUGCUUCGAAAUGGGAAGGUGGGGUUUCAAUGGUGCAGGGAGCUUCGAGAGGAAUUGGGCUUGAAUUUGUUAGACAACUGUUGGAUAAAAAAGACAAAGGGCACGUCAUUGCUACAUGUCGGAAUCCCAAUGGGGCGAAAUCCCUUCUUGAUUUGAAAAGGAAAUUUGAUGAGCGCCUUAACAUACUACAGUUGGAUGUGACAAAUGAGAAUACCAUAGAGGCGGCUGCAAACUCCAUGAGAGAAAGAUAUGGGUCCUUAAACCUUCUAAUUAAUGCAACUGGUGUUCUUUCAAUUCCUGAUGUGUUGCAACCAGAAACAACAUUGAGUAAGGUACAAAAGUCAUCUCUGGUGUUUGCUUAUGAAGUUAAUGCAGUGGGCCCAAUUUUAGUGACGAAGCACAUGUGGCCUCUACUAAAAGUUGGAGGAGGCUCUGGGACUGAAAGGGAUGUUGCAGUAGUGGCAAACUUAAGUGCAAGAGUAGGGUCCAUUGGAGACAAUCGAUUAGGGGGUUGGCAUUCAUAUCGAUCGUCAAAGGCAGCACUUAAUCAGUUGACAAAAACUGUGGCAGUGGAAUUCGCACGGAAGAAGGAUCCAGUCAUUUGUAUUUUACUGCACCCAGGAACAGUGGAUACAGAUCUCUCAAGGCCAUUUCAGAGAAAUGUUCCAGAAAGCAAGCUCUUCACCAAGGAAUUUUCAGUGCAGAAGCUCUUAAGCAUCGUCGAUAGUGUGAAGAGCAAUGACAAUGGCAAAUUCUUUGCUUGGGAUGGUCAGGAGAUUCCUUGGUAAUUAUCCUUUUUUUUUUUUUUCCUUCCAUCCAGGGAAAUUUAAUUUGUUUUUCAUGGCUUCAUGCCUGGAACUAUACAUAUGAAAGCUAAAUUAGUUGAUUUUAUUUAUUCUUUGUGUAACUGUUUCAUUGGCUACUUCAUUGACACCAGUAAAAGGUGCAUAAUAGAAGUGGGACAUUGAAAGAUGUAAAAGCUUGUAAGAAUUACAAGUUCUGUUGGGUAAGUAAUUUUGAUUUCAAAAA